UAACAGGAAAAAAAAUGGAAGAUACAACAUGGAAACAAAGAAUCCAAGCAUUAACACACAUCAUACUUAAUCCCACAACUAAACCAUCUUUUGAAUCCCAAAUCUUCAUUUCUAACCAAAUCCCCUGUUACCUCAAUUGGGACUAUCCCCCAAUUCUGUGCACCAAAAUCACCUCCCCUUCAGUAUAUCUGAAAUGGGCUUUCUCAUUUUACCUGAAAUGGAUUUCAAGAUUUGGUGCACCUGAAACUUCUUGGAGGUCCAAAUGCCCAUAUCAACAACCCCCUCCAUUGAUACUGGCGAAGGGAGUGGAGGAAGCUAAAUGGGGAGAUGAAGAAAGGAGACAGUUUGUGAGGAAAAGGUUUAAAAGCAGAAUCUUUAGCAAGGAAGGGAACAUUUUUGUUCUAGCUAUUUUACCUAAUAUCUUGGCACUCUUAUUUAUCUUUCGUAACCCUUAUCUCAAUAUCAUGAAGUAGAUUCUUGAAUAACAAUAUACUCCAUUUACGCAACCUUA